AUGUAUGACAAAAUAUAUGAGAUUAAGCUGGAGCAGCUAGCAGUGGGGACAUAUGGAGGUGUAGGAGCUGGAAUGAGCAGCUCAUUCAAAGAGAGGCAGUUCAGCAGCAGGUGAGGCUGACCGACACAGGUAGGAAAUGCAAAUGAGAUCAGUUAGAGCCUCUCCUCACAUUCUCUCUGUAUCGCUCACUCUCGAUCUUCAGAGCCAUUUGCAUCUAAGAAGCCAAACAAAUACAUUUCCUCAUGACAUGAGCUGUGAGACUCAACCUUGGACCAUGACAAUGGUAAAGUACAUUUUUAGAUUUGUCACUUUGGUUUUCUUUCUGACCGUUUUGGUGGAAUCAGGAGGAAGUAAAGAGGUGUUGUCGAUGGCAGAGUUUUAGUGCUGUAGCUCUUGUGUUGUCAACUGUACUUGAUCGUUUUCCUUCUGGAUGUGAGUGUGGGGGACAAAUGAUAACAGCUUUAGUUUAAAAGAACAAAGACAGCAAGUGUUUGCAGAUAACCUCUGAGUAAAUACACUUACUGGCAUCAAUGUUGUGCUUCACUCUUGAAUAAAGUUCAAUGUUACACAAUAAAGUUUCAUGUUACACACAGGAUCUUGAUUACAAAACUGUAUUGCAUCAGUAUUAUCAGUACAGCUGCUACUGUUGCCUUGCACUUUUUUUUAAAGUUGCACGAGAUAAAUUGACUUUAUUAUAAUUUAACUGCAAUAAAAAGGUUAAGCAAAGCAGAAACAUGCACAGUUAACAUUGUUGGUUUGAGGUAGAUUUGACAAUAUUGCAUUUACAUAUUUGCGAAUAGCAUCUAAAAGCUUUAACUGUGGCUUUCAGUCUUUUGUGCUUCUCUCAUUAUGCAUUUGGGAACAGAUGACUAUGCUGCGGUUUGAGAGUUGUUAGGUUGGAUGGUGGGGUUGGCAGGGGGAAAUAAACUCAUAGGAAAACCAAAAUAGAGCCACACUCAGGGUAUUUAAUAACUAGACUAAUUUUUCCAGAGUUUUCCAAACAUGUGUCCUCUAUUUCACGAUGAGAAAAGCAUGAAGCCUAAAGCCCCGAUUAUGACGUGUUACUGUCUAAUAUUAGUUUCUCUUACAGCGAUACUGUCUGUAUUGUGUUAAUCAUUUGAAUGUUCAGUCGGCCUUGUCUGUGUUUUCAUCAGAUUUCACUUCAUGUUCACUCAUUUUCCUUUUUCCUCUUGUGGGCCUUGACAACAACUGACAGCAUUUUCCACUGAGACCAGUUUAGCUGCACAGGUGUUCAGCACUGUGGUCGGCACAAAGCAGAACACUGUCAUUGUAACGUGAUCAGGCCCCAAAAUGCUAAUAUUCCCGGAAAAGCAGAACAGUGACGUAGUUAUCUUGAUUUUUUUAUAUCACCUCUCACAUGUGCUUCAUUUUUCAACAGUGAAGUCACUGUUUUCAGGUGUUUUGUGUGCCAGUGUGGGAGACCGAAACUCCACGUAGUGCCUCCUUCUCUCCCUUCCUGUCUGCUAUUAUCAUUCACUUUACAUCUACACUUCCUCUACGGUCGCCAAGCACUGUGGGAAAACAGAUACUGUCGCUCAGCUUCCUGAUUUCACUUAAUGAGUGUAUUUAUCUCCUGCCAGCCUCUCUCUGAUACAUGCAGAUGGACUCUUUGAAUGUCUGUCACAAAGCAGCUCUGCCUGCAACCUGUUAUAGGAAAAGUGGCCUAUAAACAAAAGCUGUACGCAAAAUGUGUUUUGCUUUUAGAUAAUAAUGUAUUGAUAACCUCAUGUUCAUUUACACCUAAUAUGUAGUCAUGUGUAUAAGUUGCUGUAUAAACCAUGUAUUGUGUUUGUUUCCCUGCAUCAACAUACUACAUUUAAAAAAACCUCUUUCUAGCUGAAGCAAACACACUCUGGUAUCUAAUGUCAAAUAAUGCCCCACUGUGCUCCCUGUUGAAUUUAUCUGAAACUUUGUUUUUCAGAGUUUCUUUGGAAAACUAAAAAACCUGUAAGUAUGGUUUUGACUAUUAGGAGUUUUCCAUUUGUUGUCUUUAUGUCUGACCUCUGUUUUCUUGGUAUAAUACAGUGGACCUCCAGCUCCUCCCAGAAGGACAGGUGAGAUCUGAGCUCACUGUGGAAGACAGACAAAACUACUUCAAUAUUUCAUGCCUUUAUUUGUCUCAUAAAUGACUAAUUUUGUCUUUUUUAAAAUGUCUGUUUUAGACGACAACAUUGGAUGGCCAAAGGAUGAGUUUGUAAGUUAUAAUAUCCCUUAUCUGUAAAUAUUUGGAAGUGUUAUCAUCAUUAAAGUCCCAUAUCGUCACCCUCUUAAAAUAAGGCUCUAAGGCAAUGGUCAAGUUUUUCAGAAAUGUUUCUGAGUGCUCUCAGAAAAUGGACUAACUUUCAUUCUUUACACAGGUGAUUAUACUCAAAGGAUAAUAUCACAUGAUCUGUUCAACUGAGGAUUUAGGCAAUUCUAACAGAGAUGGGCAGCAUCAUAAAGGAUCGACUUAGGGGGGGAAAAGUCAUUUUUGUUUAAAAGUGACUUAGGCCAUUAUUUUAAGAAGGUGACAAUAUGUAAAGGUAGUCUAAAGUGAUUAGGUGUCCAUGUCUAUAAAUGUCCAGAGAGGGGCGCUAUGCAGCAGCUCAGUCAAAAUUUCCCCAUGAAGCAGAAUAAAAGUUUACAUUUAUUCACCCUCUCUGUCUUCACUAAUCACACCUCAUUAAUGUAACCACCAUAUAUGUGUUUGUAUGUGUUGGUUGAGCAGGGCCGUCUCUUUUGCAGCUUAAAUACUUCAUGUUUUGUAUUGGCAGGAUGAUGAUGAAGAGGACGGUGAUAUGUAUGAGGCCCCUCCCUGUGAGCGACCCCUGGUGAAAGUCCCACAGAGACCCGUGGAGGAAAACGUGUAUCUUGGUAACAGCUUUACCCUCAUCACUACAGAUACAGAGUUAGCUCUAACGGCAUAAAAGACUCUUUAGUAUUAAUACUACUUGAAAAAUCACCACAGCUUCUCUUAAAACUCUGCAACUUGAUGCAACUUCUUGCAGGCACAACAUCCAACCCUGCUGUCCCACAGAGGCAAGCUGCUCCUCCACCUAGAAUGGGCAAACCCUUGGUGAGAAAAACUCAGGUGUACAGCUGAUUAAGUCUGUGUCUAUACUUUCAAAAGGUGUUUUAACUUCACCUCUUUCACUUAAGAAACCUCAACAGCGUGUUGAACAGUUCAACUUUGAUCCAAAAAUCAAGAAACGUGAGUACUGGAUCUACACAGCUGCUCCUUUACUCUGUAAUCUCAUCAUUAAAUCUCACCAUAAUGGCUUUACCUGUGUUACUGCAGCACCUGAGAUAGACAGAACUGAGAAGCCUGGAAGAAAGAAGAUAACGCCUACUCCACCUGUUCGUCCAUCUCCUGCUCCAAUCCCUGCGCCCAACACAGAGGAAGGUGCAGCUAUCACUUUUGCACACAAACAAGCCUUUCACAGAGAUACUGUAACAGCCUGAGAAUGACUGCUAACUGAAAAUAGGUCAAAAGUCUUAUUAUGGUGACAUGUCACCCUGAGGUUCACUGUAAAGAGCAGCAUUGGAGCUGUACCUUGAGGAAAGAGUGCCACCUAGUGUAGUACCUUUGAGCAGCACAUUCUUUAGUAAGUAAUAAAGAGAAAUCAUCAGCACUUUUCAUUAAAAUACUCCAAACAUCGAAAAGAUGCUUCUCCGGUGUGGAAGAAUACUUUCACUACAUCUUGCACAUCUGCCAAAAACUAAAGGUCAAAGGUGAUGAGCAAAUAAUUCUGAUUCUCUGUUGGAGUCCUCUCUGUCUGGACUGCCUAACAGACUUAAAAUGUUAAUGGACUGUCGUAUAUCACAACUUCACAGAUCACUGUGUUUUCUUUGUGAUUUUUCAGAUGUGUAUCUGGACCCUAAUGAAAAACAGGCAAGUGUUACUCGUGCCCACACACACGUCACAGGAUGUGGUCCAAAUCUUUACAGACAGAGUUGUUGGGUGAUAUGUUUGUUAGACAGAAAGAAGUAUAUAACGUUUGACAGUAGCAGGAGCAUUUCCAGGCCAUGGCUUUAAGAUAAAACAACUUUUUUAAGCUGUUACUGCUAACCAAAUAAAAUACCUGACAGGCCCACAAAGCAGAAGCUAAACGUGUCUGUUUGAAGUGACUGCUAACCUUUUUGUUGGACUAGGUUUAAAGUAGGGGUGUAAUGUUCAUAAAGCAGUUUGGACAGGAUAAAAAGGAUUAGAAAUCAGCUCCAGUCAUCGGAUCAGCUUUAAAAUGAGUUAAAUCCUUCAAAAGCAUUGAUCCUUUAUGACUGAUUGUAGUACAGAUAGGCUGCUGAAAAGCUGUCCAAGCAGCAACAGUCACCCAAAUCACACCUUACAACAAACAUGUGCAUUCAUUGACUAUUUUCAAAUUCAGAAACUUGAAGAGUUGUGAAAGUGAGUGUCAAUUUGAAGAACUACAACAAGCUCAUUUUAAAACAUCUUUCACUGUCUGCUGCAUCAUUCUUACUCGGUGUGUAUUUCAGUUGACUCUUUUUCUCCCGUGCAUGUUUCAGGAGGAUAAUGAUGAGCUGUAUUUAGAGCCCACAGCUGGUAGGUUCAUCACUCUAAGUGACUAUUAUCUCUGAAUGUUGUUUUAUGUUCUUCUACUUUUGGUUUGCAUCCAUAGAUUUGUGAAAAAAAACCAUCUACAUAAAGUUAUCUCAGACAAAAAUGAUCAUUUAUUUCCACCUCUUCAAAGCUUGCCCUCCUGACCCCCCUGCACCAAUGAGGAUGCAUUCAUCUCCAUCUCCUAUCGCGGCGUUUGUUCCUCCUCCUAGACCUGUGUAAGUGCACUACAUCGUCUACCUUUAGCAUACAGUGUAAUACAGGUGCAGCUCAAUAAUUUUACAAAACACCAAAACAAAAAAGGAUGCACCUUAGCAUGGAGGCAUCUGUCUGGGACUCUUAUGAGGUGUUACUGAAGUCCAGGUUGUUUUCAUAGCUCCUUAAACUCGUCUGUAUUUUAGGCUCCUAUCUUUUUUUAAAAUGAUAAUCCAGAGAUUCUCUAUGGGGUUCAGGUCAGGUAACCUUCAAUCCAAUGAAUGUGAACCUUCCUUCUGUCUGCAGGGUGAAGCCUCCAGUCCCCAGAGCCGAGUCUGUGAGUGUCCCCAUUCUUCUAAUUUCUUAUUAGUUUCUCAUGAUAAUCUCGUUCCUCAUUUAAAGGCAGAUUUAGGCUGGAUUAGAAAUCAAAGUCUUCAUUCCUGCUCAGAAUUUCUUUUUCCUGCUUAAGCUCAGUUCAUCACAAUGACACAGCAGUCACUUCGACUUCCUCUGUUUCAGAUGCAAUCGUUGCACACUCUGAAUGAGGCUAAAACAGGUAACAAUGACAUCUUCCUCUCUCAUUAAAAGCACGUCAACUGUCAGUAUAUAACCUCAUGCAGCAUUAAUCAUUUUAACAACAUUAUUUGAGUAUUUUUUUUUUGUACAGCUCCUUUAGUUGAAGCAAAGAGAGCUGCAUUUUCCCCCAAACCCCCUCCCCCUGCCCCAAGCAUGAAACCCUCUCUGCCUGCAAACCUGAAGGAGGUAAAACCAAGGUAAGACGAGGGGGAGGGACACAGGGAGGUGUGUUUGACUAAUUAAACAAUUAUCAAACAUCGCAGGCUCAAGUUAUUUUCAGGAAGUUUGAAGUGACUCUGACUCAAAGUGCAUGCAUGCAUGACAAUUAAAUUCAGUGUAAAAUGAGCCCUGCUUUUUUUCUUGAAGUCCUCCAGUGCCUCCUUCAGCAGACAAGCCUGUAGGUAAGCACAUGAAACAAAGAUUACACAUUGAAUAUCAUCAAAACAUAAAGUUGAUCAAUAGGCUGUCGCUGUAUGGAGAUGUCUUCAACCUGAACUCAAUAAAUCCCGUGUUUUUUCUCUUUUUUAAGUCUCCUCUGGUGUUACAAGAGCAGCAAAACAAUCUGGGCCUGAGGUACAAUAUCAAAUUUAGAGAAAACUUUACUUCUGCUAUCGAGGACCUGCUCACUGCUGUUAUAUUUCUCCUUUUACAGGCCAAAGAAUGGUUUGCUGGAGACUGCAGCAGAAAGCAGGCAGAGGAUGUCUUAGAGAGAGUCAACAAGGUAAACCAUCAUGAUUUAUCUCAUAAUAUGAAAAUAAUCUGUUAGUUAUUGUUUUUUAGCAGUUAAAACCACAGUUCGAGGUUUAGCUUCUGUUUUAAAACAAGCAAAUGCAACAAGGGCUUAAGGCAAGGGUGUUGGAGUCGAGUGUUUAUGGACAUGUUUUUGCUGGCAAUAAUUCACGGGUAAAAGCCAAAUCUGAGUCAGACACCUUCAGGGCUUCUUUGUCCACCACUCACUCUAGAUAAUGUUUCCAGCUUUGAAUUAUGCCCUUUAAAACAUUAAUCUAGUUUCUACCUACUUUACCAAAAGUCCUCGGUUGCAAAUCAAAAUCCUACUUAAAGCUUGACAAGUCUGUCUUUUUUCAUUCUUUACGCCAGUUUUUCCAUAUGCUCUCUCUUUUUUUUUGUCUUGGAGGAUGGUGCCUUUCUCAUCCGAAACAGCUCAGCUCAGAAACCCCGGCAGCCGUACACUCUCGCUGUUCUCUACCAGCAGAAAGUGUACAAUAUACCCAUCCGCUUCCUGGGGGAGACACAAGGGUACGCCCUUGGAAAAGAGGGCAAGAAGAACGAAGAGGUGAGGGAAUAUGAGACAAGUUUAAUAGAGGGGAGCAGGGUAUGUAGGGAGAGAGAGAGAGGAAGAAGAUGUAGAAAAGAGGGCAAGGUUAUGGAAGAAUUGCAGCUUUAUAAGAAGGCUUUGGGCUUUAUUAAUCUUUCCUUCUCUCGCUUAGAUUUUCGUCACCCUGGAGGAGAUGAUUUCCCACCACAAGAAUAACCAGCUGCUUCUGAUAGACAGCAAGAGCCAAGCCAAGCACACAGCGUAUUUAACCCACCCUGCACGUCCAUAA